UCAUUCGACAUCACUCUAUCUAUACUAUCGUUAACGUACGAAUGCAUUUUAAUGAUUUACUCUGAUUGCUUCUUCUCUUAUCUGUCAUUUCCCAAGAUCAUGUAUUUUUCUUCCUCUUCUAUUUCUUUUUGUUUCUUUCUGUUUCUUUUUUUUUUUGUUUUUUUUUCUUCCUCCUCCCCUUUUUUCCCCUACCUAACCUCCCUAUUACCGCACCGACGAAAUAAAAUGAUGCGGAGGUAACACACACCUAGAUAAUUACUUUUAUUUUUUUUUUUUUUUUGUUGUGCUCCUCUCUACAUAUGUAUAGUAUUAUUACAACUCAUCGAGAAAUGUGGUAAUGAUUCUCUACACACGUCUAUAUAUAUUCGUAUGAUGUUCGUGCUCCUCUUUAGUCGUUUUCUUUCGUAUCAUAGAGAAAGAUGAACGCAGAGAGAAAGAGAAAGAUAUAGAAAGAGAAGAGAAAGAGAGAGAGAGAGAGAGAGAGAGAGAGAGAGAAUAGAACGAAGAAUUUUGUUUUAAAAAGAUUUAUAAACGUUGCAAGAUGGUAUAAGUGAAGAUACAAAAAUUUCGCGAGUAUAGAGAUUGUAAAAAUUUGAUAGAAAAAGGAAGGAAACGAAAGCGAAAGAUAAAAAAAAAAAAAAAAAAAAAAAAAAAAAGGAAAAGAAAAAGAACCGAAAAGAAAGCAAAAAAGCAAGAAAGAAGAGAGUAACGGAAAAAGAGGAAAACGAAUAAAAGAAAACCAGAAAGAUCGUGCGAAGGAAUUAAUCGGAGAAAAAUGGAGUUCUCUGAUAUGAAAAAGCAUAUAAAAUCGAAAUACUUGUCUAUACGAAACAUGUAUAAAAAACGAAAUGGAGAGCCGACUCCAAAAUAAAAAUGCCAAGGAUGAUACGACAGGAGGGAAUGAAAAUAAUAAAAGAUCUCCGAUGACGUUGAACGUGAGCGGCCUCUGGGAUGUUGUUCCACGUAUGGACCAUUACAGAUUAAGUCGUCGUGCGAAGAGACCAUCUUUAAGUACCUUACACGAAGGAAAUUUGAUAAAGGAUCCAAACGUCGAGACAGGACAAAUUGGAACUGGCUCGCAAAUUUAUACCGGUGGAAUUAAAUUAGGAUGGAUCCAAGGAGUUUUAAUACCAUGUCUUUUAAAUAUAUGGGGGGUUAUGCUUUUUCUAAGGCUCUCAUGGGUCGUAGCACAAGCUGGUAUAUUACAGAGUACUAUCAUUAUAGGAAUAUCGGCAGCGGUGUGUGUCAUCACGACAUUAAGCCUAAGUGCAAUUAGCACUAAUGGGGAAGUAAAGGGAGGUGGUAUAUACUUCAUCAUCUCUCGAUCACUUGGACCUGAGUUUGGUGCAUCUGUUGGAAUAGUUUUUGCAUUUGCGAAUGCAGUUGCGGCAUCCAUGAACACAAUUGGUUUCUGUGAUUCCAUGAAUGAUCUACUCAAGGAACAUGAUCUUAAAAUAAUAGAUAAUGGAAUACAGGAUGUUAGAAUUAUUGGUACUAUUGCUCUUAUAGUGAUGAUAUUGAUUUGUGCUAUUGGUAUGGAAUGGGAAUCAAAGGCCCAGAACUUCCUUAUCGCAGUCAUCGUAGCGGCUAUUUUUGACUUUUUAAUUGGUACUAUCGUUGGCCCGAAAAAUCAAGAACAAAUCUCUCACGGAUUCAUUGGCUUUUCCUGGGAGGUAUUUAAGGAGAAUUGGGGCUCGGAUUAUCGAUUUUCUGAGAACACCAAUCAAACAUUCUUUUCGGUUUUCGCAAUUUUUUUCCCUUCGGUAACUGGCAUACAGGCUGGUGCAAAUAUUUCGGGAGAUUUGAAAAAUCCAGGAAAUAGUAUACCUAUUGGAACACUUUUAGCACUUUUAAUAUCUAUGAUAAGUUAUGUCACUUUUGUGUAUUUUGCUGGUGGAGCAGCAUUGAGAGAUGCCAAUGGUAUCAUUGGAGUAAAUGGUACCGUUCAGUGUAUUUCUCAAAGUAAUUGUUUAUAUGGACUUCAUAAUAGUUAUUCGGUCAUGCAACUAAUGUCACUUUGGGGACCACUCAUAUAUGCUGGCUGUUUUGCUGCAACACUUUCAACUGCAUUAACAAAUCUAUUAUCAGUACCAAGAUUAAUCCAAGCAUUAGGUCAAGAUAGAAUAUAUCCUGGAUUGAUAUAUUUUAGUAAAGGAUAUGGUAAAUCUGGCGAACCAUACAGAGGAUAUGGACUUACGUUUCUUGUUGCGUUUGUAUUCCUUAUGAUAGCCAAUCUCAAUGCAGUAGCACCGUUAAUAUCAAACUUUUAUUUAGCAUCCUAUGCUCUCAUUAAUUUCUGUGCAUUUCACGCCGCGCUUAUUCGACCACUUGGAUGGCGACCUACCUUCAGGUAUUACAACACCUGGUUAUCUCUAUUUGGUUUCAUCGUUUGCGUAAGCAUUAUGUAUUUCAUCGAUUGGGUAACUUCGUUAAUAACAUUCGUUAUUAUCUUCGCAUUAUACCUGAUUGUUGUAUAUCGUAAGCCUGAUGUUAACUGGGGUAGCAGUACUCAAGCUCAAACUUAUAAAACUGCGUUAUCUAUCGUCUAUAGAUUGAAUUCUAUCGAUGAACAUGUGAAAAAUUAUGCUCCGCAAAUCUUGGCUCUUACUGGACAUCCUGGUACGAGACCGGCUCUUUUAUAUUUGGCAAAUCUUAUUACGAAAAAUAAUUCCUUGUUAAUAUCUGGGGAAAUAUGUCAAACACGUUUGUCGUAUCGAUUAAGAUCUGUACGUUUAAGGAAUGGAUAUGCCUGGUUGCAUAGACACAGAAUCAAGUCAUUUUAUCACGUUGUAGAAGAUUUAAAUUUGGAAAGAGGUGCAUCAGCAUUGAUGCAAGCAACAGGAGUAGGAAAGUUAGCUCCAAAUGUUGUCUUAAUGGGUUACAAAACUCAUUGGUCGACUUGUAAUCAUAAAGAUCUUCAAGAAUAUUUCAACGUUCUUCACAAUGCUUUCGAUCACAAAUUGGCUGUUGCAAUCCUACGUAUCGAAGAUGGUUUGGAUUGUUCCGAAAUAGGUUCUACUGUGGUAGACGAAGAACAUGGUACUUUAGCACAAAGUAGUUACGACUUAACUGGUACUACAUUGAUGCACGCUGAUAGCGAUCUCUCAAUGAGUAGUCAAAUACCAAGAGUACAAAGUGUACCAACUAUAGUAGGAACACAAUUUACUAUAGUGGAGGGACCAAAUAUAAUUAGAGAAUCUCCUACUCAUUGGAAUGCACGUGACCAUAUUAAACAGAAGAAAAAACAAGCUACUGAUAAAUUACUUUCUGAAAAACGAAAUGGAAUGCCAGUGUUGCCAGAACACAUGACAAUUUUCCAAAAAAAACAUAAGAAAGGAGUAAUUGACGUAUGGUGGCUUUACGAUGAUGGAGGUUUGACAAUUCUUUUGCCAUAUAUUAUCAGUACACGUUCUAAUUGGGAACAUUGUAAGAUGAGAAUCUUUGCUUUGGCCAAUCACAAACAAGAGAUUGAGGCUCAAGAGAAGGAAAUGGCUGAAAUCAUGGCUAAAUUUCGAAUCAAAUAUACGAGUUUAAAAAUGGUAGAUGAUAUCAGUAUUGCUCCCCGACAGGAUACAAAAAAUUUCUUUGAUAAACUUAUAUCUGAUUUUCAAAGAAAUGAUCCUACCGAUAAUUCAGAUUGCUGCGUCACUGAUCUUGAAUUACAAACAUUACGAGACAAAACUAAUCGACAAUUGAGACUUCGAGAAUUACUUUUGGAGAAUUCAAGUCAAUCCACAUUAGUAGUAAUGUCAUUACCAAUGCCAAGAAAAGGUGCAGUGUCAGCACCCUUAUACAUGGCAUGGUUAGAAGCAUUAACUCGUGACAUGCCACCAACUCUUUUAAUAAGGGGAAAUCAUAUUUCGGUACUGACAUUUUAUUCGUAGUCUAUAAAUGAUAAAUUAGGUUAUUGAUAUUAGUAUUAUUAAUGGCUUAAAUUGAAUGAUGUUCGAAAAAGAAAUUUUAGCGGGCAUCAUACUUGACAUAAAUAGGCAGUAUUUUUUAA